AAGCCAACUUUUGAAACUAGUGAGAAGCCGAUAACUGGUUUGGGACUUGGGAUGCUCUGCUGUAACGGACCUGUUCUACCAUGGCUGUUCAACCAGUAGGUGAUUGGUGAGGAUUCAGGAAUGUCACAGUUUGCAGAAAGGGGUUUGUAUUCUUCAAUCAUAUUGCCAACCAUGAGAGUAUAAGUAUCUGAUCUUGGAAGCUCAUGGAUGAUGAUUUAAGGCCCCUUUUGCAAUUUUAUACCAUGAACCACUCUUGAUAUGCUGAAUUGUGACACUGAAAGUAAGGAAUAGUAGUGUUGUGUUUCCUGGUAUGGAAACAGCCAACAAAAUCGACAUUAGGCAGCCUUCAAUUAGAGUCUACAGUUGUUACAGAGUGGCAAGCCAUUUCGACACAAUUCUUGAAGCAACCCGAGUGGGACAUUUGAAAGACAGGUAUAUUCUGGGUGAGCAAUUGGGAUGGGGGCAGUUUGGUGUCAUUAGAGCAUGUUCGGAUAAGUUAACAGGUGAGGUGUUGGCGUGUAAGUCUAUUGCCAAAGAUAGAUUGGUCACACAUGAUGACGCGCGCAGCAUCAAGCUUGAGAUUGAGAUAAUGUCUAGGUUGUCUGGGCAUCCGAAUGUUGUGAGUCUCAAGGCAGUUUAUGAGGAUGAACAUUAUGUGCAUUUGGUGAUGGAAUUAUGUGCUGGAGGAGAGCUUUUUCAUCGGCUUGAGAAGCAAGGCAGAUACUCAGAAACUGAUGCUCGGGUCCUUUUUAGGCAUCUGAUGCAUGUGGUUAAGUAUUGUCAUGAGAAUGGUGUUGUUCAUAGAGAUCUGAAGCCGGAGAACAUUCUUUUGGCCACAACAUCUUCAUCCUCACCAAUUAAGUUGGCAGAUUUUGGUCUUGCAACCUACAUUAAACCUGGGCAGAAAUUGCAUGGCACUGUUGGAAGUCCAUUUUACAUAGCUCCUGAGGUACUUACAGGAGGUUAUAACCAGUCUGCUGAUGUCUGGAGUGCUGGAGUUAUUCUUUACAUUCUUCUUAGUGGAGUGCCUCCGUUUUGGGGAAAGACAAAAUCAAGUAUUUUUGACGCUGUUAGGGCCGCAGAUCUGUGGUUCCCUCCUGGUCCUUGGGGUCACAUAUCUGCUUCUGCCAAGCAGUUGAUUGCUGAAAUGCUUUGCGUUGAUCCUUCCAAAAGGCUCACAGCUGCACAGGUUCUAGUUCACCCAUGGAUGGAAGACUCUGCACAAGCACAUGAAGAAGUGUACAAUCAGAAUAACCGCGUCCUCCGACAGCUGCAACUGGAUGAAGGUUCAUUCUCUACCGCAUCCUUUGACAGGAAUCAGGACUUUAGCUUCGGUGAGGGCUCACCGACAACUGCUGAUGGGAAACUGUGGCACUCACCUGUAUUCACAUGUAAAUCAUCAUUCUCCUCUUUCCUAGAUGAGAACAGUACACCUUGCCCUGCAUCCGGAGGCUUUUCUUUCCGCAGCUGCACCUAUGAAUCAAGUCCAACCGAGUUUUCUUCACCAGUUCCAUCAAUGCCUAGCUUCACCUUCUUCAGUCCAAGUUCUGCAGCAGAGCAAGAAAACAUUCCAUCGAGAUUUAAAGCCAAGAUGUCCACUCUGGAUCCAACUACUGGAGAGUCAAAUGCGGAGAAGCUACUUGAGCUGGAAUGCUCACCAGCUAAGUAUGAUGAUGGAGAACUUGAACGCAAAGAGUUUCGGAGAGGCGGAACAAAUGGGCUGUCUAGGAUCACCGGAAUUCACAGCAAAAGGAAUCAUACAAUUGGACUUGGUGAGCUUGAUCAGAUAGAUCUCAUUGUAACCGAAUCAGUCAUUCGUUGGGCAUCAUGCACACAUAUUCCUACAGUCCCAUCUCUUAGAUUGUCACUUGUCUGCUAGAAGACUGGUUAAGUUCUGCACUGCCACGAGGGAAAUAUAAAUUAUAUGAAUGAGAUAUAUUUAUACAGUACUUGCAUACACAGGAAAAAUCUUGCUUGUAUCAUGAGUCAUUUGAAGAGCUGAACUCUGGUGUUUGCAUAGGCCUUGUUUUGCUACAGUUCAGGCAUUAUUGAGUUUCGGAUAAUGCACUCGUUUCAAUAUAC